CGCGCAGCGCCCCAAGCUUCCGGGGAAGGAAAAAAAAAAAAAAAAAAAAACCCCACUCGGUGACGUCACAACUAAGCGCGCACAGGUUGGGUUCGUAGUGGGGAAUUGGCGGUUUUUGGGCCCCGUGUCCCGUUUCCUUGUCGGGCGGUGACGUAGGAGGUGCUUACCGAGUGGCGCCCACCGGGAUACGUCACAUGACACACCGGCUCCGCCAUGGGCUUCCUCAAACUCAUCGAGAUCGAGAACUUUAAGUCGUACAAGGGACGUCAGAUCAUCGGGCCAUUCCGCAGGUUCACAGCCAUCAUCGGGCCCAAUGGAUCCGGUGAGUAAGGCGGCCAAGGGCUGGCACGUCCUGGGCUUACUGCCCAGCUAAACAGCAAGAUAGCCGUGCAUCAUGGGAAACGUAGUCCACUGUGGCCAAGGUUUAGCCAGCAGCAGCAUAGGACAUGGGCAGGCACCCUCUGGCACUCCAGAUGUUGUGGACUAGAUUUCCCUAAAAGCUUGUGCAGCCAUAAUGCUGGCAAAGCAUCAUGGGAGAUGUAGUCCACAGCAUAUGGAGUGCCAAAGGGUGCCCACACCACAUUGUAAACGGCAGGCAGUUGGCAACUUUUGGCAUUCCAGAUGUUCUGGACUAGAUUUCCCUAAAUCAGGCAUGGGCAACCUUCGGCCCUCCAGAUGUUUUGGACUACACCUCCCAUGAUGCUUUGCCAGCGUUAUGGGUGUAGGAGCAUUAUGGGGGAUGCAGUCCGCCGCAACUGGAGUGCCGAAGGUUGCCUAUCCUUGCCCUAGAUGCUUGUGCAGCCAUAAUGCUGGCAAAGCACCAGGGGAGAUUUUGUCCUCAACAUCUGGAGUAACAAAGGUUGCCUACACCUGGUAUAUAGGGUGUAAUCUACCUGGCGGUAAUUUCUUAUUUGAGUCAUUGUUAUUGGUAGCAUCUGCCCAAGGAAGCAAAUGUAGGCAACCUUCAACACAAACUUCCAGUGGUUGUGGACUACAUCUCCCAUAGUGCUCUUCAAGCCAUAUUACUGGAAAAGCAUUAGGGGAGAUGUAAUCCACAUACGGAGUGCUGAAAGUCGCCUUCCCCUCGUUUAGUGUAUUCAGUUGUUAAUAGUCACACGUUGUUUACCAACACAAUGUUACAUUUUAUAAGUUACAAUGUUGCUACAAGUAAACACGAUACAGAAACCUUCUGCAAAAAAACGAAUCACUUCCUAGUAAUGGACCUGGAAGUGAUGUAGGGAUAUAUUUCUUACACGAUAUCUUUUGCAGAACACAAUCCUUUUUUUAAGAGACACUCCAGGUUGCAACUGACCCAAAUGUAGAGCAGGCAUUUGAAUCUGCUCAGAAAAACACAAAAGAAACUGUCAUUUAAAGUUGAACUGUCACUUUCAGAGAAGUGACCUUACAUCCUUUCCUCUCCCCUCUCCCACCCCCCCUCCAAAAAUAGAGCGGGUACCCCAUGAUGAUUUUCAUGUACUGUGAAAUGCAAUAGUACCAAGUAUGUGCAGUGUAAACCGCAAGUAAAGUUUAAAAAAAAAAAAAAAACAUAAGCCCAGCAUUGUGGAUCACACUGUCUCUUACAUCCAAUGUAAAUAGACUGAAAAGGCAAAACUCAAGAGACCAGGCAAUUGCCCGGAGCACCUGUCUUGCAAAGACUUCCUAUUGAGCUGCAUUGGGAAAUCUGUGAUUGGACAGCCACAGAAUGUCUGGGAGGAGGAACAAGAGGAAGAUCGGCAAAGGAUGAUAUCUGCAGCUUUUGCAAGCAGUUUUAGAUAUUCUUCCAAUGAAAAAAUACAUAAUUUAAAUGCUUUCAUUGGCGGUAUAUCCUCUAAACAGUGAUUUUUAUUUUUUACAUUUUGGGCAAUGGAGUGUACCUUUUAACUUGCGAAGUAGCUGUUGCAAGGAUCACAAUGUGCAUUGUGGCCGUGCUUUUAACCAUGUGUCCGUUCUGUGUAAUUUGUACUAUAACUGUUGCAAAAAUAUAUAGCUUGUUCAAAUAUAUGUAAAGUGCUUUAUGGGUAAUCAAUUUAAAUUCAAGUAGGUUGUCAAGUGUAUAAACGUGAUAGUAUAUUUGUUUUGGCAGUAUUCUUAUCACACACAUUUUUCCACAGUUGUGUACAUGAGGACUUGUACUUUAUUAUCUUCUGUACUUGUCCCAGUCUUUUCAUUUAUUUAUAAUAACUAUAGAUCGUGCUUUAAACCCAAUAAAUAGUACUUGCAUUUUAAGUUGCAUAGUUCCAUAGUAAUCUAGUUUUAAUAAAUAGUCGUCCAUAAUAAAGUCCAUCAAUUUCAACCUUUAAAACACUUCUAUUGUUUUUUUUUUAAAUAGUUUUAUUCGUGCAUAGGUUAAAUAAGCAUGGUUGCACUGCUACAAAAGCUGGUGCAAGCAGCUCAUUAGGUAUAGUAUAACAGUUGUGUGGCAUUGAAAAUAUUUUGUUAAUGUAAAUAAACAAGCUUAAAACUAAUGUCUUCAUGUCACAGCAGUGAACUGGAAAUAUUGAGAUAUGUCAGGGGUAACGUAGGCAUGAGGCUGUCUGAACAAAUCCAGUAUCUUAUUUAAGUAACAAGCUAGGUAGUCAACUAUGAUAUCUUGUGAGUGAAACCACUAGGAUGUGAUUUAGAAGAGUGAAGGUUUGUCUCACUAGGUAAGUAAUAAUGUGUGCAGGCCACCAGCGGGUACAACUUCAGCAAAUUCCCUAGUUUUAGAGGCAGUGGGCAGUUUUGGGUUAGUCCUUGGGGCAAGUGGCAAGAUAGGAGCGAGCCGGGCCACCCUCCAGCUCCAGGCCUGAUCAAAGGGCCGCGUCUCUGUAGCACGAACUUGGUUACACCAAGUGCUUUGCCUGAGGGUGUCUCAUUCACCUUCCGACCUCCACCUCCCUGGCCUCCUAUUUUAUGCCUAGAUGGUUCCGGUGCUAUCCAAGCUGCUAUUGCUUACUAAAAGCGGUCAAAAAUCUCCUCCAGCCUCUGCAGACGUCAGCUUGUGCUCACGAUGUGAUUCCGCCAUCUUGGGAUAGCCAGGUGCUGUCUGGGCUACUGAGUUGGCAUCUGAGUGUUAGAGGUAAGUGUUAAUUUCAGUGGGGACCGCGAUAACAACAGGUCAUGAGUGGCCGCCUCACCUGCCCGGUAUUUCUACUAGGCCUCUCCAAUACCUCCGGUAAAUGCAGUGGCAGACCUUCAACGAAGCCACAUUUGGGCACCACGUGUGGUUCCAGAGAUUGGGUAGUCACAAAUUGUGCAGAAUGUGAGUGCUAGGCAUUAAGUACAAGAAUCCUGCAGAAGUUCUCACAGAAUGCGUCUGGCUACCAUGCGAUUCAGCCCCCGUCCCCCUAAAACACAUAUUUUUUAUGCUGUUGAGCCAAAAGAAGUGGUUUCUCAACAAACUUCUCAAUACAAAUUUUUUUUAAAAGGAUUCAUCCAACCCAAAACUAGUGUUUUCAUAAAACACUGAUUUUGGUUAUAGUAAAUCUUUCUGUGUUGGUACCCCUACCCAAACGCAAAAAUAAAGCUUAAACUCGCCUCAUUUCUAUUGCUGAGACAAAGUACUCUCUCUGCUUGAUCCUCUUAGAAAGUAACAGGGCCGGUUGUCUGACAGCCAGGUGGAUGUAACAAGGUUAAUUUAUAAAAGUGCCAAAUUCUGUUGAAAUCUGUCCUUUUUGUAAAAUUAAAAAGAGGACACACUUCACACACAAAGCAUUAGCAAGCCCAAUUUCUUUAGGGGUCUAAAUCCUCCCUUUAAUUUCCUGAAUAAAGAAUUGUCAUGAAUUUAGACUAAAUUCCAAAAUGUAGUCAAAAAUUGCAUAAUUUGGAAAAAUUUGCAACUCUUUUGCUUUUAUAUUACCUUUUAGUUUCUGUUCACUGCAAUUUGCUGUUUUGUAAUAAGCACACGAUGUGCAUAAAAUUCAUGUUUACUAUGAUUGCUUAUAUUUUACUGAAGCUUUCCAAUCACCUCUUCAUCCACAGGAAAGUCCAAUCUUAUGGAUGCUAUCAGCUUCGUCCUGGGGGAGAAAACCAGCAACCUAAGAGUAAAGACAUUACGAGAUCUCAUCCAUGGAGCUCCUGUAGGGAAACCUGCCGCAAACCGUGCGUUUGUUAGCAUGGUGUAUGCGGAGGAUAGUGGCGAGGAGAGAAUCUUCUCAAGAGUUAUUGUGGGUAAGCGUGUGUCAUGACCGGGGAUAACUGAAUUCCAAAACAGAAUCUUCUGUUAAACAGGCAUUGUUAGGUGUGUUUGAAUAAACAGAUUUUUACAUUUUUUUUUUUAUUAUUAUUAUUUAUUUUUAUUAUUAUUCCAAUUUCACACCGGAUCAUAUUUUGAAAUUCAAUUAGUUGUCCACAGCACAUAUAUAUGUGAGCAGAUUUUGCAACUUCAUUAUAGACUAAAAACAACAGCAGCAAAAUAUGGGUGUUAAGAGGAUCUCUUAAUUACGACUUCAAGAAUAAACAUGAUUUUGGAGAGUAAUAUAUUAUACAUUUUAGAAUACUCUUGAUUAUCUGGAUGCUAUUUGCUUUUUAAAACUUUUACACAGUUGACAAUUUUGGUGUAUUUCUCCUUCUUAAUCCUGCUUGUGAUUUGUUUAUUAUCUACUAGGUGGUUCAUCUGAAUAUAAAAUCAACAAGAAAGUAGUCCAACUGGCAGAAUACAGUGAAGAAUUAGAGAAGCUGGGGAUCCUUAUUAAAGCGAGGAACUUUCUGGUGUUCCAGGUAUGCAUUGCUAACACGUUUAAAGUUCACAUUUUUUAGAGCUUACUACUAUUGAAAUUAUCAUUUCUUCUGUAAUCUUUUGUAGCUUUCCUGUAAGUGCUUUCAGUUUGUUGUGAUCUCAUUCUACAUUGGUGACAAUUCCAGUUGCUGAAUUUCUCCUAAAUGCCACAAUUAUUAUUUUACAUAGAACAUCGCUCUAAAGGUGGGUUAAUAUUGUGUCUUACUUAGGGAGCUGUGGAGUCCAUUGCAAUGAAAAACCCCAAAGAGCGUACGGCAUUGUUCGAAGAGAUAAGCCGAUCUGGGGAGCUGGCACAGGAGUACGAUAAACGCAAGAAGGAGAUGGUGAAGGCAGAAGAAGACACACAGUUUAAUUAUCACCGCAAGAAAAACAUUGCUGCUGAGAGAAAGGAGGCCAAGCAGGAGAAGGAAGAGGUUUGUAGUAGAGUUUUUGGGGAUUGUCUCUAUUAAGAGGGAAAGCACAGAGACAGCUAUGUGAGAAAUGACUGUUUAGAUUUAUGUGCUGGUAAAUAAUUAGGGAAGCUAUGAGGAAUAGAGUGCUAGAAUAAAAGAACUUUAAGCCUCAUGGUGUACAUUUCUGGAUGAUGAUCUGUCUUUUAGGGAUUGUCUAAUGAAAAGGCAGUCUAUACAUUUUACCAGGCAGUAGGUAUGUGAACUACUGAAUAAUACUGGGGAAGAAUAAAAACAAAUAAAACAGAAACUAUAAAACCUCAUACUGUAUCUAUAAAUCGGUGGAUCAGAAUCUGUAAUCCCAUGUUUUGCUGUAUGCAGGCGGAAAGGUACCAACGGCUGAAGGAUGAGGUAGCUCGUGCUCAGAUCCAGAUGCAGCUUUUUAAGCUUUACCACAACGAAUCUGAAAUCGAGAAGCUGAAUAAGGAGCUAGGCACGAAAAACAAAGAAAUUGAUAAGGACAAAAAACACAUGGACAAGGUGGAGGAGGAGCUGAAGGAAAAGAAGAAGGAACUGGGCAAGCUGAUGCGUGAACAGCAAUCCAUUGAGAAAGAGAUCAAGUGAGUGGCACCUAAAUAUUUGGUUUCUACUCCCACUCACCCAAAAUAAAUGCAAUGCAAUAAAUUGUUAUCCUCUGCAUUGGAUCAUCCAUUCUUUGCAGUCUUGUUAGCUGCCCAAGUGAUUGGUAAUAGAAAAAAUGGAGUUGCGCUUUUGGUUUAAUAGGCUUUAGAUUAUUUGGGUAUGUAUUUUUUGUAAGACUGGUUAGUGCUCCAGUUUUUCUAAUAUUUAAAGCUCGUGUGGUUUUGCACACAGAGACUUCUUGUGUUCUUGUUGUGGUCCUGCAAUAUUUGUAAGAAUAAUGCUCUGCAUGUUGGCUCUGUAUGGAGAUUCCAAACAGUUCCAAUAGAGGUUCAAUGUAUCUCGUAGGUUUCAUGUGCACUUAUGCUGAAGCAUUUGAUUGGCUUAGAUGAUCAGUAAUGAUGAUCCUAGCCAGGGGAGGGGUAUUAACCAGUGUAAGAAUGGUACUUUUGAGGCACUUAAGGGUUGGGUGGAUGCAUAAUCUAAAUAGUAUAACACUUUAACAUUUGAAAUGCUUGUGUUACUUUAACAGGGUGCUAAGAAGGAGACUCCCAGGUCCAGGGUAGAAAUGUCUCUACCAAUAUUUAAUUAGAUUUUAUAGGCCUCACAAAAAUAUUUUUGUUUUAAUAUGAGGGGUAGGUAAACAUAUUAAGAAUCCUGGGUAUUUACUGUCCUUUUUUGGGUCUAGAUAUUGUGGCAUAUGGUGCAUAUGUGUAUGCAAGGGUGUGGGGGCGCCAAUUUGUUUGAGCCUCUGUACAGAGGAAAUCACUCUCCUAAUCUAUGAGAAAACCUCUUCAGUUCAUUGCACUGUAGUAUUCGCUAAUGUAAUAUUAACAUUGUUUCGGAACUGUUUAUUCUGUUCUGUUCUUACGUUAGAAAAUAAAGUAAUAUGCUGAUGGAGAAAAAUGGUCAAUGGCCUUUUAUUUAUUCUCUCCCGCCCUCCCCCCCCCUUUUGCAGAGAAAAAGAUGCAGAGCUGAACCAGAAGCGUCCUCAGUAUAUUAAAGCCAAAGAAAACACUUCACACAAAAUUAAGAAGCUAGAGACUGCAAAGAAGUCCAUGCAAAACGCUCAGAAGCAAUACAAAAAGCGCAAGGCAGAUAUGGACGAGUUGGAGAAAGAGGUGAAAUCUGUAGAUAAGGCCAGACAGGAAUUUGAGGAAAGAAUGGAGGAGGAGAGCCAGAGCCAAGGUCGCGAUCUCACGCUAGAAGAAAAUCAGGUAAUUUUUAAGAGAACACUAAUCUUGAAAGAGCAAAAUUGAAUUGAAAGAAGGACACACCACUUAAUUUCCAGUUGACAGAACUGAUGAUGUUGCUUUCUGAUUGACAGGUUAAACAAUAUCAUCGCCUAAAAGAAGAAGCAAGCAAAAGGGCAGCCACUCUUGCCCAAGAGCUGGAGAAAUUUAACCGUGACCAAAAGGCUGACCAAGAUCGCCUUGAUCUGGAAGAGAGAAAAAAAGUAGAAACCGAGGUAUGUAUGCAUUCAUGUGCCUAGUUCUGAAUCCCUGAGCCCACCUGCUCCCUUUCUCACGUACCCCUUUUCUUUAAACUGAGGGCACUUUCUCACAUUACUCCUGGGCAGAUUUUUGACUGCCCCUAUUAUGGCUUUAAUGAUGUGUACAGUCAAAUUACUACACCCAAAGGGGGGUCUCUACCUAAUGAUGAUAUGUCUGUUACCGGGAGUAUUAUGGAUUUCCCCAGUUGCGUGGUAUUCAUUAUUUGUAUGUUUAAUUUGUGUUGAAGAAUUGCUUAUUUUCUUUUCUGUGAACUAUGUGAAAAUUAUAAAAAAAUAAAAAACAAAAAAACAAAACUGAAAUGUUAAUCUAUUUUGGAUAAAAGGAGAGAAAACAUUCUUAUACAUAGUUCAUCUAUUGAGAUCAACAAUGGCCUUAAAUUCUUUAUUGCACCUGUAAAGAAUAUAUGCUGUGUUUUUUCAAAGUGGUGAAUGAAGAAGAUCUAAAUGUAUGUUAGAAAUGGUUCGCUAACCACACAAGAUUUGAAAGCUAUGUUAUGGUGGUUCUGUUUGAACAUUUGUGGUGGUGUUUCUUGUUCCCUUAUACAGGCAAAAAUUAAGCAAAAGCUGCGUGAAAUAGAAGAGAACCAGAAGAGAAUUGAAAAAUUGGAAGAGUACAUUGCCACUAGCAAGUAUGUGAUUAUUUCCUUGCAGUGCCUUUGCCAUUUACUGCUAUUUAGAAUCAGGUGUGCAGGUUCCUGCAUUCACUUAUCCCUUAUCUAAUAUCACAUUUUCUUUACCACUGUAUAGGCAGUCACUGGAGGAGCAGAAGAACCUGGAAGAGACCUUGACUGAUGAGGUGGAGAUGGCCAAAAGAAGAAUCGAUGAAAUAAACAAGGAGCUGAAUCAGGUUAUGGAGCAGCUGGGUGAUGCCAGGAUCGACCGUCAGGAAAGCAGUCGGCAGCAGCGCAAGGCCGAGAUCAUGGAGAGCAUCAAGAGACUGUAUCCUGGAUCAGUGGUGAGUUCCCAAAAUGUGUCUAGAACCUCCAUGGAAAGCUGUUUGUGAAAACCUUUAAUAGUUAAAUGAAGUCUUCAGAUACAAAUAUCUCACUUUUUUUUUUUUUUGGUAGAAAAUACACUGUUACAAUACUUAAAUUUAGGAGACAAAAUAUUAGUGAAAAUAGAAGUCAUUCAAUACCAAGUGACAUUAAUGUAAGCAAACUACACUUUAAAUAUAGUUGCAAUAUUUAAUUAUGUCCUUUAUAUAUCAAUGUCUAGAUAUAGAUAGUUAGAUAUAAAACUCCUUAAUGAAAAUUGUCCAUGUAAAUAUUUUAGGCUUACAUCACUUUAAAAAGCGGACACUCUCUAAUCAGUUUAUGGUUUAAAGCAGACACUCUCUAAUCCAUGUUUUGAGUUUGUUUUGUAAAACAACAAUAAUGAUAAAGUAUAAAACAAUUAGAAAACUUGUUUGUAGAUGGCUUAGGUUGUGUACACAGUCUGGUUCUCGCCGGCUGCUUAUUAAAGUAAAAAUUAUUGCCAUUAUUUAUGUGAUGGCAAGGGAUCUUGGUAGUUUUAUUUUAUCAAGAGAUCACUUGAUUAAGAUGUUGUAAGCCUGGUUUAGAUGUUGGGUUAAGUGAUAUACUGCAUGCAAAUCACUAUUACUUGUCAGGGUGUGCAUUUUCAUGCAUGCUACUCUUCUUCCACCAGUAUGGGCGCUUGAUUGACCUCUGCCAGCCUACACAGAAGAAAUACCAGAUUGCAGUCACCAAGGUGCUUGGAAAAAAUAUGGAUGCCAUUAUUGUCGAUUCGGAGAAAACAGGAAGAGAUUGUAUCCAGUACAUCAAGGAGCAACGAGGCGAGCCGGAAACUUUCCUCCCUCUUGAUUAUCUGGAGGUAGCUUUGGUUUUUAUAUUCCUUUUUACUGACCACAGUGUGUUUGAACUAUCCCCGCACCACAGAACGUGAUUUGAUUCUUAUUAAAUCCUGUUGUUUAUCUCUCGAAGGAUGUGCCAACAUGCUAGCUUUAAAAUCUUCACCUUUAUAUGCAGCAAUACAGCAUGGUUUUCAUCAGUUCUAACUCUCCCAUGUGUUGUUUAACUAAUGCAUGACAAAAAAGGUAAAAAAAAAACUGCAAUCCAGCACAGAAAAACUAAAAAAACAUUACAAUAAAUCGGAACAAAAAGGGUGGGAAAGCAAGACUAAUUCCUUAGAAAGAUUUGUCCAAUGGUUUAUAGGUGGAUAACACAAAAAACAGGAAAGGCUUCCCCUCUAGCACUUUCCUAGUCUAUGUAAACCUCUGUCGAAGUUAAACAUCUGAUAACUGAUUGUGUGUGUCCCUUUUCAGUCGAAUACUGUUUUUGUAAUGCAUACAGAGUGCCCGGUUGGUAAUGAUUUAAACCAGGCAUAGGCAACCUUCGGCACUACAGAUGUUUUGGCCUACACCUGCCAUGAUGCUUUGCCUUCAUUAUGGGUGUAAAAGCCUUAUGGGGGAUGUAGUCCACAACAUCUGGAGUGCCAAAGGUUGCCUAUCCCUGAUUUAAACAAUAAUCCCUGAUUCCCAUGUGGGCCAUGCUUUCACUUUGAAAUUAAUGCAUGCUCCUUAAUCAUGUAUAGAGUAGAUUUACAAUGAUUCCACUGUUAGUUUAUGGUGUCUUUACUGCUCUUGUGAGUGGCUUUUAAGCUUUGCUUAUGCAUUUUGCAACCUCUUCUCUUUUAAUGGGGGACACGUAGCUAUAGUUGACACCUUGCUGCCCUGAAGUUGUAUUGAUCUAUGCAUGCGUACAUGUAUAGAAGUAUUGAUCGAAAUGCAUUUGUAAUCUUUGUCUUUGCUCUAAAUUUUGUAUCAACUUAAAAAAGCAAACUUUAAUUUCACCCCAUUCACCCAUUUUUAUUAUGCCUUUCUAUCUAUCUCUAUAUUUUAUUUUUUGCAAAAUCCUGUAUUUUAUUUUUUUUACAUUUUUCCCCACCCAAGCUGCAACAUGUUUUCAUUACCUUUCUAUUUACAGUACAUAAAAUACAGUAUGUCUAGCUGUCCGGGCACCGCUCAAGUAUACAACGCAAAUAAAAUUAAUCACACAGUGCUGAAUUCAACAUAGUGGAAGAAGUUUCAUUAGCACCUGUGUUUUUACAGCAUUCUCUACAGAUUCCCAAAAUCACAUGCCUGUUCUCAGAGCAAUACAUACAGAGUUAUAGAUGGAGCUGUAAGGUUUCUUGAACAAUCUGAAAAAUAGAAUAUAUGCAAAUAGCGUAGUAUAUCUAUACAAUGUAUUGUAUAUAGAAAGUAAGAAUAGUUAAACUCACAAGGCUAGAGUCAUACCGUCAUAUGACUCUAAAAGUAUGCUCCCUUGGACCAUUAGGGGGUUGUCCAAACCCUUCUUUCGUUGGUUUCUUGUUAUUCCCCCUGGUGAUCUUUAGAGUGUCUUCAAUAAAGAUGCCCAGUAUACAGAGGAUCUUGGAAACCUGUUGGUUAUAAGGAUUAUAGGAGUAGUUGUCCAACCAACGCUGGUAUGCUGGAGAUGGGAACCUCUGACUGGAGUGCUUUAUGUAGCUCUCAUUGGCUUCAGUGAUGAUCUGUUCAGGUCUAGCAGGAGUAUUCUCUAAAGUUCUCAGAGCAUCAUGGGAAAGUGUCCCCACUUUCUUUAAAAAAAAAAACAAAACAAAAAAACAACAAAUAUACGUAGUGUUUAAUAUGGUGAAGAACUGUCACCAUGUGUAUUAACCUGCAGGUUCCAUUUUUAACAUAUGAUCUGCAAUACUGCUGUUUUAUUGUUACACUUGCACUAUUUAAAAAAUAAAUAAAAAAUUACCUGGUGUUAUUUAUAUGCAUAAAUUAUAUUUUAAUUUUUUUUAUUUUUACGUUCACAGGUAAAGCCUACAGAUGAAAAAUUGCGUGAAUUGAAAGGAGCAAAACUAAUAAUUGAUGUAAUCCGGUACGAGCCCCCGCAUAUCAAGAAAGCUCUGCAGUAUGCUUGCGGGAAUGCUCUCGUAUGUGAUAAUGUGGAAGAUGCUCGAAGGAUUGCUUUUGGGGGACACCAGAGACACAAGGUGAGCAUUUGCAGUCCUGAAACCUUAGGGCAAGUGUGUAUUUUUUAUUGUCUUGUACCUCACUGUGGGAUAUCUUGGCACAUUUUACUGUCCCUUUGUAAAGCAGAUUUAAACAAGAAAUUGUUCUGCUUUAAAUACUCCAUGAUGCAAUGCCAGUUUCCUUUUUUAAUUACUGCUUAUCUGGGACCCUUUUUUCUUUCUUUUUUUUUAAUUUUGUCAAAUGUGCAUUAAUCCAAUCAUUUUGUUAAUGCCAUUGCAGUGACAUAAUGCAUUGAUAGUUUUGAGAACGCGCAGACAUUGUACAAAUUCCUAUACUUCAAAAUAAUUUCAUAAAAACUGUUGUAGCUUUCAAACAAACAAAAACUUGGAACACAAGUUAACCUGAUUAUUAAGUUACUAACCUUCUGUUUGUUUUAAAAAGUGCACAAUUUAUGUAUCGUGUGAUAAAUAAAAUGUCUGUGCCUUUAUCUGCUUGCUUUACUUAUUAAAAAAAGUAAGCAUAUAUUUUACAGUUUUUUUUCAUGCCCAGUGGUAUCUACUUAUACUCCACGUCUGUUGUUACAGACAGUUUCUUAAGUUAACAUCAUGCUUAUGACGGGCACUUUAUGUUUUUCCUCUUGCUAGCUCAGCACUCAUACUUUUUAAUCUCUUUGACAAAACAACUAUACCUUUUAAUAUUCAAGUUAUGUAUUAGUGUGUAGACCUGAUGUACCUGCCUAGCAGGUUUACUUUAAUAUUAUGUUAUUUUAACGAAAAAUGAGGCUGUCCUCUCUAGAAAUAUAUUCUUUGGUGCAUUGAUACCUUUUUUUUAUUUUCUAAAUUUUUGUGUACAUCUGAUUUAAUUCCAUUUCUUUUUUCUGUAAUCCAUUUUCUUUUUUCUGUAACACAAGCAUCUUAAGUCUCAACAAAAGAUUGACAUAUAUAUAUAUAUAUAUAUACAUAUUAGCACUUCUGAAUGAAAUGUACUGAUUAUGUACUAUGCAAUCUACUAUCAGCACAUUGUAAUGGUUUCUCUUUUUCACAGACUGUGGCCCUAGACGGCACCUUGUUCCAGAAGUCUGGUGUGAUAUCUGGAGGCGCUAGUGACUUGAAAGCCAAAGCCAGGCGAUGGGAUGAAAAAGCUGUGGAUAAACUUAAGGAAAAAAAGGAACGUUUAACAGAGGAAUUAAAGGUAGGUUGGACUCUGUGGUUGGUAUAUUUAAAAGAUAACUUCUAAUUUAUCUUCCCAGUACAAGAAACCUCCAUUAGUUUUGUUAAUUUAGGAUUGUUAUUUUUACAGGAACAAAUGAAAGCCAAGCGUAAGGAAGCUGAGUUACGGCAGGUCCAGUCCCAGGCUCACGGUUUGCAGAUGAGACUUAAAUAUUCCCAGAGUGACUUGGAGCAGACCAAGACACGCCACUUGGCCAUGAACCUCCAGGUACCUGCUACUGGUUAUUUACGUGGUUAUAGCAUGCACAGGACUUGAAAUGUUUAUCUUGUGAUUAGAAAGUUAGACCGUGAGUAGUAAUUUUUAAAACGCUUGUGAUAAGAGUUCCAGAUAAAAAGUUUUUUACUCAUGUAGGAAAAGUCCAAGCUUGAAAGUGAGCUAGCCAAUUUCAACCCACGGAUCAACGAUAUCAAGCGAAUAAUACAGAGCCGUGAGCGGGAGAUGAAGGACCUUAAGGAGAAGAUGAACCAGGUACGGAGUGUUUUAAUUUGAAUGUUGUUCUAUAAUGGUCUCUAGAACCCUGUGUUGGUUACCAGAAGCAAUAUUACAUGUCUCCAUUUAAUCGCUAUAUAAAUCUGUGAUUUCUAGGUGGAGGAUGAGGUGUUUGAGGAGUUUUGCCGUGAGAUUGGAGUUCGUAACAUCCGAGAGUUUGAGGAGGAGAAGGUGAAGAGACAGAAUGAGAUUGCUAAGAAGAGGUAUUUACUUUGCUGCCCAUUUUUCCUUAAGCGAUGUUGUUAUUUGUACUUUAUUAUUAACCUAUUUCACUGCACUUUACAAAUAUACAGUGGAGCCCUACGGAAACAAACUUACAGUAAUGGUAUGUUUGCUAUGCCUACUUGCAAUAAGGAGUCAUGUAAGCAUAAUAAAAAGCAAAGAAAACAAAAACUAAACCAAACAGUGUGAACUGUCUAAUGGGAUUGAGAGAUGAUAGGCAGUUAGAGUUUACAUACAAAGCAGUUUAAUAAAAAGACUUGUUGUGGGAUGUUAGCAUUAUUGUAUGGGCAUUAUUGUAUUUGUUUAUUUGUUUUGUUUUGUGCUUUUUUUUUUUUUUAAAUAAGGUUUUGUUUGUUAAAGGGACACUCCAGGCACCCAGACCCCUUCUGCUCAUUGGAGUGGUCUGGGUGCCAACUCCCACUACCCUUAACCCUGCAAGUGUAAUUAUUGCAGUUUUCAUAAAUUCAAUAUUUACUUUGCAGGGUUAAGUCCUCCUCUAGUGGCUGUCUACUAGACAGCCACUAGAGGAGAGUUCCGUGUUGAUAGAACACGAUAAGUGUUUUAAAACGACGCUGGACGUCUUCACGCUAUGUGAGUACCUCCAGCGUCGUCAAAAUCCCCAUAGGAAAGCAUUGUAUAAUGCUUUCCUAUGGGGAGGUCUAAUGCGCGUGCGCGCCCAUUGCCGCGCAUGCGCAUUAGGUCCCCGCCGCCGCCAGCCACGCAUGCGUGUUAGGUCUGACAGCGGUGGAGGAUCGUAGGCGCUGGACUCCGGUAAGUCACUGUAUGGGGUUUUAACCCCUUCAGCAACUUGGGAUGGAUGUUUUCCUGGCACUGGAGAAUCCCUUUAAUGCCUGGCAUAGAAGCUGUUACACUGAGAGCCACUAGAUUGUGCUUCUGCAGUGAGAGCAGAGUCAGACCCGGUUUUUGAUGUUCAGCAUCCUCACGCAUUGUAUUCGUCAAUUUCCCUUUAAUGUACAUAAAACUGAGCAUUAGUUGAUAAAAAGGUAACACAACUUACAGGUGAUUUUCAGUUUUGUAUUCAGUGGUGUACUUUAUGGAAAACUGGUACUUCCGCUGUAAGAUUGCUUUAUUUCUUUAUGGACUUCGUUAGCUCAUGUAGAUCUUUCUCUGUAGGCUGGAGUUUGAAAACCAGAAGACCCGUCUGGGGAUUCAGCUGGACUACGAAAAGAACCAGCUAAAGGAAGACCAAGGGAAAGUCCAAACUUGGGAGCAAUCUGUGAAAAAAGAUGAAAAUGAAAUCGAGAAACUAAAAAAGGUAAUUGUAAAUAUAUACAUGCAGCUGGGGGGAUUUGAUGGGGGUCACACUCGGUUAAUUUUGAAUUAUUUAUGUGCUAUAGCAUUAAAUUGAUUUACAGAAUUACUUAUGUGAAAGUUUAAGCAAAAAGAACAUUUUCCAACAUUUUGCAUCCUAACCCACGACCUGUCACAUCUCCCUUCCCUCCAUUUUAAAAUAUUUUUUUGGCUGGUUACACUUUUGGAUCAUAGAUGCCUUUUUGUCCUUUCAGCAGGAAGCACGGCAGAGAUUUCUGGGAAUUGUAGUUCAGUUAACAACUCUCAUAACCUGAUACUUGAAAUAGAACUUCCAGACAUUCCUGUUCUGGCCAUAAUGUCAUGAUGUCCAGGGAUUUGUGGGAUAAAGUCGGAACUUUAAAAUGUGCUCUAGAGUAGCUUUUGAAAUUCUUUUUUUUUAUUUUUUUAAUUGAGGCAUGUGAUUCAUACGGUACAGAAAAUGGAAAAAGGUAGUAUAACAAGAAUACACAGCAUAAGAAUAUCAGAUUGCAUAAAAUUAUACACCUAUGCAGAUCAGCCUCCUUUAAAAAAGUAAAUAAACAGGCUAAGUAUUCUCGUCAGAUUUUACGUAAUAACAUACUUGAACAUGCUGAUGAAUAUGUCAAUAGAGAAUUGGGAUGAAAGUAGAGAAAUCAGGAUAUACUAACUGACAAUGUGACUAGUGUAAAUGAGAACACAUGAAAGCUGCAGGGCUAGUGUAAGCAAGAAAUGCUAAUAUCACAGUAAUACAGAGCCGUCAUCCGAUGCUCAAUUUGGGUAAGAGCAGUGCCCAUACUUCAGGAAUGCUUACCAGUGCACAUCUAGUAGGCCCAUGCGGGAAGCCACACCAUCUCCAGGCUGAGAUUAGAGCCAACACCAGUUCUCCACGGACCCAGGUUUUAGUAUUGCCCAAGUCCAUACCCCUCCCGGGUCUGCGUGGGUACCAGGUACGAUUGAUGCACCUCCGCUUCAGUCUCUUGCAGCCCCUCUGUUGGUGAGAGUAGUGUGGUGAGGUCUUAACUCGCCGGUAGAUCCCAGUAAAGGUGUUUUUUAGGAGACGUGGGAUCAGUGGUAAGGGAUUUAAUAUCUAUGAGACUGUAUUGCUCUGCAGAAUUAGUUGCACUCAUUAGUUCCUAUUUUAAGGAUGUUUGAGGGGUAAUGUUCCUGCAUUACUCAUGUUACUUUAAUUGCUAUGAGUGAUUAUUGAAGUACAUUUCUUGGCAGCUUCACUUUAUAAUAUCUUCAGGAUAUAAGCAAUAUCCGCGUUACCCUUAUAUAUCCUAUUUUGUAUUUGCUUUCUAUGUGUUUUUAGGAAGAGCAGAGACAUAUGAAGAUCAUUGAUGAAACAAUGGCCCAGCUGCAGGACCUGAAGAACCAGCAUCUUGCCAAAAAGUCAGAAGUAAACGAUAAGAACCACAACAUGGAAGAGAUCCGCAAGAAGCUUGGCGGGGCCAACAAGUCAGUAUAUGAAAUGAAAUGUAUAUCAACAUAGCUACUCAUGGAUGUAUUUACCAAGAUAUGUGCUUUGAGUAUCUGUUACAGGGUCACUUAUCCCUACAGUAGUGUCUCCAAUAAUUUGAUUGCUUCUAUAGUUGUUGGGGUUUUUUUUUUUUUUUGGUUAUUUUUUUUUUUUUAGACCAUACUUUGUGAUACACAAACUUUUAACAUGUUGUAGGCUAAAUCUCCCAUAAUGGACUUACAACACAAUGCUGGCAAAGCACCAGGGGAGAUGUAGCCCACAACAUCUGGGGUACCAAAGGUUGCUUACACCUGGUAUACACAACCGAUAGCCAAAUAGCAACUUUUAGACACACAACUCUGAUUUGCAAAACUUCAUCUCUUAUAGUAGCUAUUUUAGCUUGAAUUUUGCAAUUUGAUUUGCUAUUUUAGCUUGAAUUUUGCAAUUUGAUUUUCAGUUUGGCUUUAAUGGUUUGCCUGGCGUGAAAAUAUUAAUUAUGGUGCCUAACUGUUGUUUAUAGGGAGAUGACCCACCUUCAAAAGGAAGUCACAGCCAUUGAAACUAAAUUGGAGCAGAAACGCAGUGACCGUCAUAAUUUGCUGCAAGCCUGUAAAAUGCAGGAUAUUAAGUUGCCACUGACUAAAGGAACUAUGGAUGACAUCAGCCAAGAGGAGGUAGGAAGAAAAUAUUGCAACUUCUCAAUCUACGCAGGUUUCCUUUAGCAAUUGGUGUACUAUGUCUGAUUCCAGAAAAUCUGCACUGUUGAGUGCCCGUUUUAUACAUCAGUCAUAUAUUGCCAAUUGAGUUUCUGUAAUUUGUAUCGUAUUGUGAUUGGCAUUUCCCAUUGCUAUUUAGGUUACAUCAUAAUGUAGCUAUGCUGUAAAAAAUAUAUGAAUGUUUCAAAUUGGUUUUUAUUAACUCAUUUUAGGGUGGGUCCCAAGGAGAGGAAUCUGUAAGCAGCUCCCAGAGAAGCUCCACUGUCUAUGCUCGAGAAGCCUUGAUAGAGAUCGACUACAGUGACUUGUCUGAAGACCUCAAGGUGAGCAGAUAAGAUCUUCUGAAGCUCUUGAAAGAAUAAGAACGCAAAUGUUGCUUGCACAGAAAUUUGAUGAAGGAAAGGCUUAGUUCAUAAGGGCAGAGGUGCCUGAUAGGGAAGUGGUUCAUAAUAUAUCUUUAAUAAGGACACUAUUCCCAGGGCUUUUUAAGUCCAAAUUCAUUUUAUGGAGAACUACAUACCUCCCAACAAUGGAAGGUAUGGAAUUGGGAUUGGGUGUGCAAGGCCCUGAGGGGGCGUCUGGUGAUCCCCAUAAUUAUCGAGCCUGCCUGGAAUAUGGGUGGCCCACCCGUUGACAGGUCACCAGCCUUCAGUACCAUGUGGGGAGUACUGCUGAAGCUAGUGCACGCUGCACAGCUGUAGGGCAUCAAAUGAGAUAUGGGGACUGCUAGGAGGCCUGAAACUAGCACAAAGAUUUGCAAAGUUCAAAUUUAAUUUCUACGGUAAAUGAUGGACAAGGUAUACUGUAGUUGAGUCUGGAAACUGUGAAUGUCUUUAAGAAGGCUGUUGUAAUCAAGAUGGGAGAUGAGGGGCUGAAUUAUUUUUUGUAGUAUUUAUAUUUUUGUGGUGUAGGUGCCAGGACAAAGUGAGGGAUUAUUUGAGUGGUGAAAGAGGUCAGGGUAAUAGAAGACAAAAGCGUUAUGCUUGGUUACUUUGGAAUAUGGUAAGGAGGAAUUGUAUUAUUGGGAGGGGGGUGUCUUCAGGCAGUGAUAGAACAUCAUAGAAGAGAAUAACUGGUUUUUAAUUUUACAGUAACUUGAAUUCAAUUGAAUUAUUGUUCUGUUUUUUCCUGGCAGGAUGCAGUUGCAGAUGAUGAUAUCAAGCAGGAGAUGAGUUCGUUGCAACAAAAGCUGAACGAGCAGCAGAGUGUUUUGCAGCGUAUCUCUGCUCCCAACAUGAAAGCUAUGGAAAAACUGGAAAGUGUUCGAGACAAGUUUCAGGAGACCUCAGAUGGUGAGCUAAAUGGGAGCUAAACUAAAGAAUAUUGUUCAGUUCUAAAGCACUAGCCUGUCCAAAGGAAUGUGCAGUAGUUAAAUGGGCCCCCACCCAAUCUACAAAACCCUUGGGAUUAUGAUUAGAACAAGGAUUAAGUUUAUGGUUAGGAUAUUUGGUUACACCAUAUUCAGUUUAAGGCCAGGAAUGGAAUCUUGAGGCUUUGUCCUUCAGGGGUUCAAGGAAUAGAAGUGUUCUUCAUCGGUUAUGUGGUUUUAUAUUUGAUUUUAACUGUGCAUCCUUUGCUGCAGAAUUUGAAGCUGCUCGUAAACGUGCUAAAAAGGCCAAGCAAGCAUUUGAGCAGACCAAAAAAGAGAGAUUUGACCGGUUUAAUGCCUGUUUUGAGUCUGUGGCAACCAACAUAGAUGAGAUCUACAAAGCCCUUUCCAGAAAUAGCAGUGCCCAGGUAACACGCUAAUCUUUUUUUGAUAGCCUGCUUUGUUAGCUGCUUCCGGUUCUCUUUCUCACUUUGUCCCUUUUGCUCAGGCUUUCCUUGGACCAGAGAACCCAGAGGAACCCUACCUGGAUGGCAUUAAUUAUAACUGUGUAGCUCCUGGGAAGCGUUUCCGACCCAUGGACAACUUGUCUGGAGGGGAAAAGACUGUGGCUGCUCUUGCCCUUCUCUUUGCUAUCCAUAGGUAGGUGAUCAAACACACAAUUUUGACCUUUUAUUUUUUUAUUUUUUUUAAUAUGAACAUGACUUGUGUAUGUUUUAUAUACCUGUAUAUAAUUAGUAUGCUUUAGUAGUAGUUACACAAGAUGCUUUUGCUAUUUUUAAUGUAUUUCUUCAUGGGUGUUUUUGUAACCAGCUCAAUGUUACUCCUGAGUUUUAUCCUGUUAAGAAUUGAAUGUGAAAUUCUUAGUUGUGUAGAAGUGCUGUAACCUUUAGAAAGACAAGCUAACCUCAAUCAUUUCUCUGAGAAGAAUUGCAUUCAGUGCUUCGUGUAGAGAAGCAUCGGACAUCCACAAAGCCCAGUGUCCACUUGCAAAUCACUUUAUUUCAAAAAAAGUGCUUUUGGUGAUUGGAGUGUCUCUUUAACCCCUUAAGGACACAUGACAUGUGUGACAUGUCAUGAUUCCCUUUUAUUUCAGAAGUUUGGUUAAAAAAAAAAAAAAAGUACAGAUGGAGUGCUGGAGGAUAGCCAUACCUGGUGUAGGGAAUCAAGCAGGACUUCACUUCUGGCAUUUAUAUGUUCUAGCAAGCAGGGUUGGGGUUAGAUUUAACUCUGUGGAAAUAAAUGUAUUUUAGGAUUUAAGAGACUCUGUGAAUAAUAAUUUAUGGUGUGAUUCCCACCAGAAACCUUAUUGUAUUACAUUAAACUAUUAUUCUAAAACAGCCUUUCACAUCAUCCUGUCAUAGGUCAAUGAUAAUAGAUCUAUGCCAAUUUUAUUCCUAUUUUAUUUUUAUUUUUUUUCUUCAAUGGCUUACUAUUUUCAAUUCUUUCUUCACCCACAGCUACAAACCCUCUCCUUUCUUUGUACUUGAUGAAAUUGAUGCUGCUCUUGACAAUACAAACAUAGGAAAGGUAAGUACUUGAGCAAAGAUCCAUGUUUUUACCUUGGCUACAUUAAAAGCUAGUAUGUAUUUUUUUAAUUUUAUUAUUUAAAUACAUUAUUGAAUUCUGAAAUGUACGGGUUUUAAAUCCCAUAUACAUAUAUAUUGGGGAGAAAAAAUAUUCCUCACACACAGCAGCUCCCAAAGAUUUUUUUCAACAAUUAUCCCAGAAUGCCAUGCUGAAUAUGCAAAUGAAUACACAACUUUUCUCUUUAGGUUCAUUUAGCCAUGGUAUACUGCUUUAUAACAUUGCUUUUUACAGGACUCCCUGGGUUAGUUACUAAAUGACCAGACAUGGACUGCACAGAUUUGGCCUUCUAGGUCUCUGGACCAGUGGAGGAAAUCUCUACAAUUUAAUGAAACUUGAACCAAGUGGAAUUUGUUUACUGUGCAAAAAUAAAAAAAUAACAGAACUGGGCAGUACUAGAAGUAAUUUGAAACAUGACUAGCAAUCACAUAGCUGAUGGCGCAGUCAAGAGAAAUUGGGCUUAACACUGUUCCUAAGCCUCUUAAUAUUUAAGCACAUGGGGUGCAAAAUAGAAUGAGUCUUAUCAUAAAAAUAUACACGGCUAGGGGAAUAGAAAAAAAAUGUGUUUUUGGAGUGUUUUCAAUGCAAAUCCUUUAAAAAAAAAAAAAACUCCUAUUUUUAUCAUGAAAAUCUAUCCAUUUGAAGGACCGCUUUAAAUGGAAAGAUUUAAAGGUGCAGCUUCACCAUGUCAGUUCCUGCAUGUAACUCUUUUUCUAUUCGUAUCUUCUUUCUGUAGGUGGCCAACUACAUUAAAGAGCAAUCCAUGACCAACUUCCAAGCUAUUGUCAUCUCCCUGAAGGAGGAGUUUUACACCAAGGCUGAGAGCUUGAUUGGUGUAUACCCAGAGGUAAAUGAACAUUUGGGGUUGUUGGCGAAAACAGUAUACAAUGUAAAAUGGCAGUGCAAAAUUGAAUGGAAACUUUUCAGACAAAAUGACUAAGCUGGAAAAACUUGGUGGAUACAUUUUCAAAGUUAACUGUUUUAGUUUAAAAUUUAAAUGUAGAAUUCAAUCCCUGGUGAAUACAGACACACAGCAGUGGAUUUCCAGUGGAUAGAAGAAAUUAUACUGCGUGUUCCAUUAAACGUCUUAAGUGUGCAGAUCCUUUAAUACACGCCUGUGGUCUUUCAACCAAAAUGUUUUUUCUAUUUCUUUUAGCAAGGUGAUUGCGUGAUCAGCAAGGUCCUCACCUUCGACCUCACCAAGUACCCCGAUGCCAACCCUAACCCAAAUGAUCAGUAGUGAGCGUGUGAUGGAUUACAAGAGUUAUAUUUCACAUCCUUCUGGACAUUUUGUUACAUUUCUAUGUAUGCUCAACAAAUGUGUUUUGAUGAUGGGACGACCUUGUCAAGUGAUUCUUCUUCACAUGGGCAUUUGUACGUGUAGAUACCUGCUGGAAAGCUAUGACCUGAUCUUUAUUUUUAAACCUAUGCCUUCUUAAUUUUAAUCCUAAUUAUGUUACUUAUCCACUGGCUCUUAUCCUUUCUAUCUGAUUCAUGGAACUGUGUUUUAGAGGUCACCUCCUAUUUGGUUUGGAGGUGGAUAAUUUUAACGCUUUUAUCACUCAUGUAGCUGUAAUGGCUUUUAUUGUUUUUAGUGUAUAUGUUCUUGCAGCUGCAUAGAUUGCGUAUUGUUUUGCAAUAAAGAUCCUACAAGUAAGUCCUUCUUCUUUUUCAUCUCAUUCAUGUUUGUUUUUUUUUCUUUGUAUGAAACCUGUCCGUGCCAGCGAACAUUUUCCUGUUAACACCUUGAUGCUUGGCAGGCUAGAAAGCUGAGGUGUUAAACUUUCUCUGCUUCCUCAAACAUGCUACAUGUGGUAUGCAACUACACAUCAAUUUUAACUUCCUAAAG